CUCCACGUUAACUGAACUAAACAACACAAAAACACUUUGAUAGCUGCAGUUUGGCACUUUCAUAAAAUACCCAAAACGCUAAAAGCUGAUAAAUCUAUUUCUUGCAUUGAAAAAUACAAACCAAACUUUUAAUAAAAACCCUACAAAUUCACUAAAGGUUGAAUUUUUCUAUAUCCUCCCAAAAUAAUUUUUGGUGGGAAAUUGAAUCUCUGUUAGAAAAACCCACAAAAAAAUUAAUUACCUGGUACAAAUUAGGAGAGAGAAAAUGUUUCUUAAACUUCUUUCAUUACAAUAGAGACAAAAUUACAGAAUACAUAGAGGGACCCAUCUAAUUACAUAAGAAACGAGACCCCUUCAAUGCCCAAGUUCUGAUAUAUGAUUAUUGUUCCUUAGAAUUCAAAACCCAAUCAAAAGGAAAAAGAAUUGACCUUGGAACCCUAGAAGUUAUGUCCCAAUUUGAUUUUGAUUUGGUUGGGAUUUAUUUUUAUUGAAAUAAAGGAUGAGUUCUCAAGUUGUACCACCUCCAUCUUCAAGAAGGAAUAGUUCGACCCUUAAACGACAAUCUGGGGCGAAAAAACCGGCACAAACUGCUGAAAAUGGCACCAUUAAUUCAUCUUCUAAGCCAACUUCACCGACGUCACAAGUGGUGGGAGGAGAGAGAACGGUGAAGAAGUUAAGGUUGUCCAAGGCACUGACAAUUCCAGAGGGAACGUCAGUGUCGGAUGCUUGUCGGAGGAUGGCAGCUCGUCGUAUUGAUGCUGUUUUGUUGACUGAUUCUAAUGCUUUGUUAUCUGGGAUUGUUACUGACAAGGAUAUUACUACUAGGAUCAUUGCAGAGGAGUUGAGGCCGGAACAAACUCCACUAUCCAAAAUUAUGACAAGGAAUCCCAUUUUUGUGACAUCGGAUACAUUAGCGAUUGAUGCCCUUCAGAAGAUGGUUCAAGGUAAAUUCAGGCAUCUUCCUGUAGUAGAAAAUGGUGAAGUGAUUGCUUUGUUGGACAUCACAAAGUGUUUAUAUGAUGCCAUAUCAAGAAUGGAGAAAGCCGCAGAGCAGGGUAGUGCUAUUGCUGCUGCAGUCGAGGGAGUUGAGCGUCAGAUGGGAAAUAAUUUCGCUGCUCCUGCUGCUUUUAUAGAGACAUUAAGGGACAGGAUGUUCAAGCCUUCUUUGUCGACUAUUAUCACGGAGAACACCAAGGUAGCAACAGUUUCGCCAUCAGAUCCUGUUUAUAUUGCUGCAAAGAAAAUGAGGGACCUUCGUGUUAAUUCAGUAAUCAUAACAAAUGGGAAUAAAGUUCUUGGGAUCCUAACGUCAAGGGAUAUACUCAUGCGGGUUGUGGCACAGAACCUAUCACCUGAGCUGACUUUGGUGGAAAAGGUGAUGACACCCAACCCUGAAUGUGCAAGUGUGGAUUCAACACUACUUGAAGCUUUGCAUAUAAUGCAUGAUGGAAAAUUCCUUCACCUUCCUGUUUUGGAUGGAGAUGGAUCCAUUGUUGCUUGUGUUGAUGUCUUACAGCUGACUCAUGCUGCUAUUUCCAUGGUUGAGAGUAACUCUGGAAUUAUGAAUGAGAUGGCAAUCACAAUGAUGCAAAAGUUCUGGGAAUCAGCGUUGGAGCCACCAGAUGAUUCUGAUUCUCAUAGUGAAAUGUCAGCUGCGCUAAUGAAUUCUGAUGGAACAGAGAUGGGAAGAUAUCCAUCACUUGGUCUUGGAAAUUCGUUUUCCUUUAAAGUUGAACACCCUAAAGGCCGUGUUCAUCGAUUUAAUUUCGCAACUGAGAAUUUGGAUGAUCUUGUAUCUUCUGUUAUGCAAAGGAUCGGAUCUAGUGACAACAACAACCGUGUGCAAUUACUGUAUGAAGACGAUGAAGGUGAUAAAAUAUUACUCACAUGUGAUUCUGAUCUCAUUGGUGCCGCAUUUCAUGCUAGAUCAUCCGGACAAAAGGUUUUAAGGUUGUUUUUGGAGUUCCCCGAGGCUACAAAGGAAGCAAGCCCCGAGACUGGUGGUGUUGUGGUACAAAAAUCUAGAUGGACAUCAGCUCAUUCAGCAAUUUUAGCAGGCGCGGUGGCUCUGGUAGCGGUUGGUGUAGUGGUACAUAUGAAGCGUGUAAAUCUCUGAAGCAUAGCAAGGAAUGAAACACAAACUGCAAAAGUUGGACGUCCUACUAACAUAAUUAUACAAAUUCUUGGAUUAGCUUCAAUAGGUGCCUAUAUCUCAGAAUGGUACUUUGUAUUCAUAAAAUUUUGUUAUGUUGUGAGGUGAUAAUGACUUCCAACACUUUUUUGUUCUGUAAAUUGAUAAUACACUGCUAACAAGCAAAGCUUAGAUCUUC